AAAUUUUCAUUUCUUGCGCUCAACUCCCUUCUUCUUCCCUUACCUUUCCCUUUGUGGUCCCCUAAAGAAAAAACCUAAGCCGCAUCUCAAAAUUUCAGUUCUGUUGUUCGCGUCCCGUUCUCCUCUCCUCACUUCGAACACUCUUUCUCUUCGUUCCUCUGCAUCGCCGGCCACCACCUCCUUCAUGCCGACGCUGCUGGUGCGGUGGUUGCGAUGGUUAUUGCGUUGUUGUGGUUGAUGGUGUUGUCCUGCCUCCGUGCUCGGCUUUCCUCUGUUUGUCGCCGCCAAUAAUGGUGGCCACCAACACAACAUCAUUUGCAAUCCAUCACUAAUAGGUAAAUUGAUUUCAAUUUAUCCCUCAAUUGAUUUAAUAAGUUCUUGAUUUAAAAUCCCAAAACCCUAACUAAUCGAUUCAAUUUUCUUUUCCCCCUUGCUUGCGCCGCCCGUUCUGGUUGCUGGGUGCGAUGGUGCUCUGUCAUCUCCGCCGCCUCCUUGUUCGUUGGUGUAAAUGGUCUUGCUCUCCCCUUCCCUCUCCUCCAUUGUUGCUGCUCGUUUCUAGCCCAAGGCAACAAAGUGGCCAGUGAGCUUCCACCUUAAACUAAGGAAACUACUGAAAAAGUGCUCAAACACACAUCAACCAGUUGAAAAACAUGAUUGCAGGACUGGAGAAGUAUGUCAUGACAAAAUUAUUUACUCGCGUUUUCGCUUCAUUUCCUGAUGAUGUAAAGACUGAUGAACAGCUUUCUGAAAAGAUUGCUUUAGUUCAGCAAUUCAUCCGCCCAGAAAAUCUGGAUAUCAUGCCAACCUUUCAAAAUGAGUCAUCGUGGCUGUUUACAGUGAUUGCCUGUGCAGAUUCUAGAGUUUUCCCUCCUAACAUUCUUGGAAUUCAACCUGGAGAUGCUUUCACUAUGCGCAAUGUGGCAAAUCUGGUGCUUCCUUUUGAGACUGGGCCCCCAGAGACAAAAGCCGCGCUUGAAUUUUCGGUUAAUACUCUUCAGGUUGUAAAUGACUUAGUGAAUCAAGCCGGACAAAAUCUAAGAAUCAGAGAAGACCAUCAGGUAUAUACUCCGAGGAAUGCGCCUUAUGCUAGUGAGGAAAUUGAUGUGGUUCGUGAGCAAUGGGCUAAGUUUUUUACCAACAAGUAUUUGUUAUUGGCCUGAGCGCUUGAUCGAGUUGGUUUAGAUGUUAUAGAACAAUCUUUUAUAUUAAAAUGUAUGCGUUCGUUGAAAUUGGAACGUACAUAUAUUUAAAUGUCUGUGGUACGUGCACUUUGGUUUUGGGAUAUAUACAAAACAACAGCUAUUGUUUUUAUAUUUGUUAUACAGGUUGCGAUAUUCUAUUA